CCAUUUCAAUUGAUCCGAUAGAGCGUAGUGGAGACACCAACCCUGCAACCUUGCCUUGUUGCACACUGUGUGGCCUACGUGACUCAGAAACAGUUAUCAAUGGCGCAACGUGCGAGUAUACGAAAGUUCAGUGACCAAUUUUCUGUGCAGCAGCAGCAGCAGGCGCAACCCCCGAACCCAGACAGCACUUAACGUUCACGCGGCAUAGAAGCUAGAAGUUGGCACUCGUUUGAAAUCUCUCAUUGCUUGAUAGUCAGUCUGUUCCUGUUAAAUAACAAGUGAAUAUAUGAAUGAGAGAAAUAAAUAAAUAUAGACCGGGCGUACUCUCGCACGCGACUAUAUUAUAAAUAUAACAGUACUGUUCAGUCGUCAGUGAUUAUCGUAUACCUUUUGCUCGCUUUGGCUACAGGGUAUUUACAAGAAAUAACAGCCAACCGUAAAUGCAACGAACCUUGGCGCGGCUCUGAUUUGAAAGUUGCUGCAAAAAGUGAUUCUAAAGCACUAUGUUGGACCUGAUCCAACCAGGCAGCGAGCUGCUGAGCUCCAGCACAAGCAAUAUCAACAACAACAACAACAAUAGCAGCGAUGUAGUUGUGGUGCGGGCCAAACCGAAGAAGGUGUUCAAGCCAAAGGCUCGAAUCAAUCGCAUUCCCCAGGAGCUGCUCGAUGACCCCGUGCUACAGCAGGCCAUCGGACGCCUGCCCGCCAACUAUAACUUUGAGCUGCACAAGACCAUUUGGCGUAUACGCGAGAUGAAGGCAAAGCGCGUGGCCCUGCAGCUGCCGGAGGGUCUGCUGAUGUACGCAAUGGUCAUUAGCGAUAUCAUCGAGCGCUUCACCAGCGCCGACACCGUCAUCAUGGGCGAUGUCACCUAUGGCGCCUGCUGCGUAGAUGACUACACCGCCAAGGCACUGGGCGCGGAGCUUCUGGUGCACUAUGGCCACAGCUGCCUGAUACCCGUUGACCAGACCUGCGGCAUCAAAGUACUUUACAUAUUCGUGGACAUCAAGAUCGAUCCACUGCACUUCCUCGACUCUGUCAAGCUGAACUUCAAGCCAGAAGUGGGUCAAAUAGCCCUGGUCAGCACGAUACAGUUUGUGACCACACUGCAGGCCGCCUCAACGGAGCUGAAGGCGGCCGGCUACGAUGUGAUAGUGCCCCAGGCUAAGCCCCUCAGUCCGGGCGAAAUACUGGGAUGCACCUCGCCCCAGCUGCCGGAAACGACGCAAAUGAUUAUCUAUCUGGGAGACGGGCGCUUCCAUCUCGAGUCCGCCAUGAUUGCCAACCCGCUGCUUAAGGCCUACAAGUAUGAUCCGUAUGAGAAAAAGUUCACCAUUGAGCAGUAUGACCACGUUGCCAUGCAGGAUCUCCGCCUCGGUGCCGUGCAGCGCGCUAAGAAGGCACGACGGAUCGGAAUCAUUCUAGGAACUCUUGGCAGACAGGGCAGCUCAAGAGUACACCGGUUUUUGGAGAAGCGACUGCAGGCCAAGGGAAUAGAGACCACUACCAUCUUGCUGUCGGAGAUCUUCCCCCAGAAGCUCGCUUUGUUUGCGGACAUUGAUGCUUUUGUGCAGAUAGCCUGCCCCCGCCUCUCCAUAGACUGGGGCUCGGCCUUUAGCCAGCCUCUGCUGAAUCCCUACGAACUUUCCGUGGUGCUGGGAGACGUGGAAUGGACACCUCACAAUGCUUCACCGCGCAAUAGUGCAUAUCCAAUGGACUUCUAUGCCAGUGGCAGCCUUGGCCCCUGGACACCCAACUUCAAACCACCCGCCCUUGGAGAGUGCGAGAACAAGCCCUCCGCCGACUGCUGCGGCCGCUGCACCCGGGCCGAGCUAGAGAAGGACGACUCUGGCAAGGCGGCAGCAUUGGCCGAUUUGCUGGACUUCAAAAAGGGAUAAACGCUUUGCUAACUCUGCCUCUGCCUAGCAGCCACACAGAGCCCUCCAUCUCACGCGACCUACUGCUAAGAUAUUUAGAUUUUAAGGUCGUCUGUCCAAAUAUAAUGCAUACCUACUAAUUUAGUUAGUACAAAUUUG